AUGAAACAUCAUGACGCUUUCAACCUAGGCCAGAACCAUAUUCAAUUUUUGAAUGCAAUGGGGUUCCAUCAUAAAGUGAAAUCAUCGAACAUCUGUGCUUUUAAGAACAAUCAUUUAACAAUCGACCACAUCGUCUCUCCUUCCGAAAAAACAAAAGAUGUACUCCGUUCUUUCUUCGUCGACUAUGUCAAGUUGAUGAAAGUUAACAACAAACCAAUGAACGAGAUUGCUGCUACUAUUCCAGUCGUUGAGUCAAUGUCUGAAGAAGACAAAAAAAUUUUUAUUGCUGGUAGAGAACUUAAGUUCAACGAUGAUUGGUUUAGAUCUUUACCUAAUGAUAAAGUCAAUAGAUGGUGGUAUAUACUAGAAUUCGCAUAUAGUCUCGACGAAACAUUGUAA